AUGUCCUGCCAUAAUGAGGUACCCUCUGGAUCUGGUAUGCAGUUAUCAAUUAAGAUUCCUCGCAGUCAGCCUCGUAUUGAUGAAGCUAUACAAGACGUGAAAGCGUUUGAAAAAGGAUCUUUCAAAGAUGCGAGAAUUACAAGUGCACUUCUCUACAUGAUUGUCAAGGACAAUAUGCCUUUAAACAGCACAGAUAAGUCAGGACUGCAAUAUUUUGUGAAUACUGCAAUUCCUCUAUACAACAUUCCAGGACGGAAUAAGAUAACGGCCUUAAUCGAUGCCAAAUAUGAUUAUUUGUCCGGACUGAUGAAAGAAAAGCUUACAGCUGCUUCAAAUAUCACCUUAACCGCUGAUGUUUGGACGGAAAUUAUGAAUACCAUCGGAUAUUUGGGUAUUACCGCACAUUUUUCAAACAAUGGUAAAAUAAGCUCUGUAACUAUUGGAGUUAUUGAAUUAGAUGAACGUCAUACUGCUAUUUAUUUGGGAGAAAUGCUUUUAACAACUUGCAACGAAUGGGACAUACAAUUAAGUAAGGUUUCAGUUGUGGUUAUCGAUAAUGCUGCCAAUAUUUGCCGAGCAGUGUGUGACGUAUUUGGGAAAGAAAAACAAUUAAGAUGUUUCGCCCACACGUUAAAUCUUGUACCAAAUAAUGUUUUUGACGAGAGUCCAAAUAUUAAAGAACUUAUUAACAAAAUUAAAAACAUUGUCACAUACUUUAAGCAAAGCGUAGUAGCAGCUGACGAGUUACGCAAAGCUCAAUCUAUUGAUGUUCCGUUAAAAUUAUUGCAAGAUGUUUCCACACGUUGGAAUUCAACGUUCUACAUGCUUGAAAGAUUUCUUAUAUUGAUAGAAAGUGUUUCAAGUUCUUUAAUAAAACUCCCGAAAUCGCCACAAAUGUUGACAGCAUUUGAAGUAGCCACGAUAAAUGAAAUUUUAAAGAUGUUUAAACCAUUUGAGUCGAUAUCAAAAGAAAUUUGUGGUCAAAAAUAUGUAACGUGCAGCAAAGUUAUACCAAUGGUAAAUGCUCUGCUUCACGAAUUAGACGCGUUAAAUCCGGAGUCAGAUCUCGGCAAAGAUUUAAAACUGAAGCUUAUCAUUGAACUUCAAAAGCGAUUUUCUGACAUGGAGUUUAAUCCAAUUUUGUCCAUCGCCACGAUAUUAGAUCCGCGAUUUAAAAGAUUGCAUUUUUGCAAAGCAUUGGCCUGUUCUGACGCAAUACAACGAAUCAAUAAAUUGCUGGUUAUUGUGCAAAAUCCAGACAACAUUGAAAACGUUGUUCCGAAUGCGGAUAUUAAUAAAAAUAAGAGUUACGACAUCUGGAGUUUCCAUCGCACUCUUGCUGAAAAAUCGCAAAAAUCAAAUCAGGAAAAUGAAUCGUUCGGAGGUGUUGACCUAGCGUUUAGACAGUACUUAAAUUUAAAUGUGAUUGAUAUAAAUACCGAUCCACUUGAAUAUUGGGAGAGAAACAGACACUGUUUCUCAAAAUUAGCCGCGAUUGCAAUAAAAUACUUGUCCAUUGUUGCGACUUCGGUACCAUGUGAAAGAAUAUUUUCGUGCGCGGGAAACAUCAUGGAUCAAAAUCGCGACAGAACAAAACCUGAACGCCUAUCAAAAUUACUAUUCCUAAACUCGUUACAAUUUACUGAUUGGCAUUUAAUGUGGGAAUGA